AUUAACUAGAGAGACUGUAACGAACUCUGGAUAGGACUCGGCGCAGACACAUAGAGUAGGAGAGAUAUGGCGUGUGCCUGUAUGCGCCACUUGAGCGCCAUCAGGACUCCGACGGUGGCUUCCGCCGGACCUCCAAAGGAAACCGCCAAUUCAAGGGUUCUGAUACUAGGAGGAACCGGUAGAGUCGGUGGCUCUGCCGCCAUCGCUCUCUCUAAGCUCUCCCCUGACCUCCGCAUCACCAUUGCCGGUCGUAACAGGGAAAAAGGUGCUAGUAUGGUGACAACACUCGGGAAGAACGCCGAAUUUGCUGAAUUUGAUAUAAAUGAUGAUAAAUCACUGGAAUCUGCUUUAAAUGAUGUCGAUCUUGUGGUGCAUGCUGCAGGCCCAUUUCAACAGACAGAAGAUUGCAGAGUCCUGGAAGCUGCAAUUCGGGCCAAGACAGCUUAUCUUGAUGUGUGUGAUGAUACAUAUUAUGCCUUGCGUGCAAAAGCAUAUAAUAAUGAAGCAAUUGCUGCAAAAGUUCCAGCAAUAACCACUGGUGGAAUCUAUCCUGGAGUCAGCAAUUUGAUGGCAGCUGAGCUAGUUCGUGUUGCAAAAACCGAAAAUAAGGGCGAGCCUGAACGCCUAAGAUUCUACUACUAUACAGCAGGAACAGGUGGAGCUGGGCCCACAAUAUUAGCCACUAGUUUUUUACUUCUUGGAGAGGAGGUUAUUGCAUUCAAUAAAGGAGAAAAACUGAAAUUAAGACCAUAUAGUGGAAUGAUGAGCAUCGACUUUGGAAAAGGAAUUGGGAAGAAAGAUGUGUAUCUCUUGAAUUUACCAGAGGUGACAAGUACCCAUGAAACCCUAGGAAUUCCAAGUGUGAGUGCUCGAUUUGGAACUUCUCCAUUUUUCUGGAAUUGGGCUAUGGAUGCAAUGACACGCUUUGUUCCUUCUGAACUUUUAAGAGACAGAAGCAAAGUAGAAGAAAUGGUUAAGUUAUUUGAUCCAGUGGUUCGCGUUAUAGAUGGAUAUGCUGGAGAGCGUGUCUCACUACGUGUUGAUUUGGAGUGUUCUGAUGGGAAGCAUACGAUUGGUGUUUUCAGUCAUAAAAAACUAUCUGUAUCAGUUGGAACUUCCAUAGCUGCAUUUACUCUUGCUGUUCUUGAAGGUAGCACACAACCUGGUGUAUGGUUUCCAGAAGAGCCUCAAGGAAUUGCCAUUGAAGCUCGUGAACUUCUGCUUCAACGUGCUUCACAAGGAACAAUUAACUUCGUUAUGCACAAGGCUCCAUGGAUGGUGGAAACAAAUCCUAAGGAGGUCGGACUUGGAAUAUAUGUGUAACAAUAAUAAUUCAGACUACACAAACCAAAAACUUGUAUGAGUUAUAAUUGUACAAUAUUUUUUUAAUACAUUAAAUACAUAUUACUCAAACAUUAAAAAAAACUCACACACAAAUAUGCAUUAGUGGUGGGACCCAGUUCGUGUAAACACAGCGUUUUGGACAUCUGUACCCAUUCUUGAUGACUUGCUUCUACUAAAGCUUCGACCUUCAUUUCUCAUUUCUUCAUCAUGAUCAUAUUGUGACCUCUUGAGAGGGUUAGAAAGCACAGCAUAUGCUUCACCAAUCAUUUUAAAAAGCCUAUCAACAUCUUUAUGUACAUUUUCAGCUAUCUCCUUCCAUAGUCCAUCAUCUCCAUCAUCACUUCUAACCACUGAUUGUGCAGCCUUAUCAGGAUGAUGUCUAAGUGCAGCUUUUCUAUACGCCUUUUUAAUAUCCGAUGCAUUAGCAUUUAAUUCAGUUCCCCUACAAAGGUACAUGUUUAACGGGAUUCCCUUUCUAGAUUCUUCUUCAACAUUAGAAAGCCAAAUCCGAGUUUGUUUUAUCUCAUUAACACCCUUUUCAUCCACACGUGUAGUUAAAAGAGACACAAGUCUUUCUAGAUCUUUUGCCACCUGUCCAUAGUCUCUAAUCAUCUCAUGCAAGCUAGCUCGUCUAGAUAUUGCCU